GUCUCUCGGAGCUGCUUCUCUGUGGGAGGAGGAGCCUUCGCUUUUUUUUCCACUUCUGCUGUCAGGGUUUUUAUUUUUCACGAGGUGAGUGAGGAGGCAUUGCUGCAUUAACGUUCUUAUUUUAAAAAUGGAAGCUGUGGACCAGACGCUAAAUUACUAUUUUGUUUCAUGGUUUGGACCAAGAGAUUCCAGAGUUGAGGGUUUUUUCCUUCUAGAUAAGUAUCCCCCUACUUUUAUACUUAGUCUCCUGUACCUCUUUGUGGUUUGGGCUGGACCAAAGUACAUGCAGAACAAGGCACCUUUAUCUUCUAGGGGAAUACUAGUGGUCUAUAAUAUUGGAUUAACGCUGCUUUCCUUAUACAUGUUUUGUGAGCUGGUCAGAGGUGUUUGGAAUGGAGGAUACAGUAUUUUCUGUCAGGACACUCAUGAUGCUGGUGAAGCUGAUCUCAAGAUUAUCCGUGUGCUAUGGUGGUACUACUUCUCUAAAGUCAUAGAGUUCAUGGACACUUUUUUCUUCAUUUUACGAAAGAACUACCAUCAGAUCACUGUUCUGCAUGUCUAUCACCACGCCACCAUGUUCAACAUCUGGUGGUUUGUUAUGAACUGGGUGCCCUGUGGUCACUCUUUCUUUGGAGCCACUCUUAACAGUUUCAUUCAUGUGUUGAUGUAUUCUUAUUACGGUCUUUCUGCUAUCCCAGCCAUGCGACCUUAUCUUUGGUGGAAGAAAUACAUUACUCAAGGACAAUUGCUCCAGUUUGUUCUAACGAUAAUUCAGACCAGUUUUGGUGUUAUCUGGCCAUGUGGAUUUCCAAGUGGCUGGCUGUAUUUCCAGAUUGGUUACAUGAUCUCUCUGAUUAUUCUCUUCACUAAUUUCUAUAUUCAGACCUACAAGAAAAAGAGUGCUUUCAAAAGGAAAGACUGUCUAAAUGGUUCCACAAUAGCUGCAAAUGGACACUCAAAUGGGCUUUCCACACAGAUGGAUCAUUAUUCAGAAAAGAAAACUCACUAAGAUCGAUCCCAGGGCUAGAACCGUGUUUUGUCAGCACAUUAAGAUUUUUGUGAUGUUCUAAGGCAAUUUCAAAAGUUACCAAUGUGUUAACUAUAUCCAGUCCUGCAUUAUAUAGCCAUAUAGGGUAGGAAUUUGGAACUGAAUAUCGUUGUGAUCAAUAGAGAAAAUGAAUAUAGAGAAACUUCCUUGUGCGAAAGAAUACCCAAGUGGUAGAGAGGUACCGAAAAUCAUAUCAGCCCUAGAUAGUUUCAAAAAUGUUAGAUUAUUUCCUGAAUUAGAGCAAUGGACCCCAGUGUGAAUCAGGUAAAAUGUGGUUGAUUUUAGUUUACAACACUGUUGUUGCCUUACUGCUUAUUUGUGUGUUAGGUACUGUCUUGUAUUCACUUUAAUCUUAAACCAUAUUUAUAUGUUUCAACUGAAAUGUAAUUUGGCACAGGGUGUUUACCCAUAUGCCUUAGUUCUAUCUAAAGUUGCAAUGCUGCAUAAUUACUACGUUUUAAAUGUUUCAAGAAUCCUAUACCUCUUUCUUGAUUAUAAAUACUUGGCUUGCUGGUUUUAAUAAAAUAGGAUGGCGUGUUGACACCACAGUGUAGAAGCCGACGACUGAGUGCUUCAUGGAUGUGUUUCACGCUAACAAUUUCCCUUUAGUGCAAUUGACUAUCCAGCAAUAGAAACCUGUUCAGCAUAUCCACCCUUGUCCUUAUACUGAUUACAUCCAAUCCAGUUUUUACUGAAUGGUCAACAUGCACACAGAAAUCUUCUGUUUCCACUUUUGCCGGUGGUUCCAAAUUAGAAGCUCUUUGUCAUGCGUACCUCUUAUACGUGCUCAAAACUCCAAUCCACUCAGGAAUCCCCAUGACUGUUGUUUGUUCAAGGAUCAAUGCAUAGAGAUCGUUUGCUCUGUUAUCACAGAAUUGAAGCUGCAGUUAAUUAGAGGCCUGGUACAUUCUACAUUUGAGGAAAAGCUGGAAGCCCUAGUUGAGAUAAAAACAGAGAAUAUUGAAUCUGCAGAGGAGCCCAUUCAGCAUCUGAGAGAGAAAGAGCAGUUACUGUUUCAGGUGCUGACUGACCUGCUUUGUAACUUCAACAUUUUCUAUUUUUAUUUCAGAUUUCUAGCAUUCAUGGUUCUUUUAAAAAAAACUGUGCAGUUGAGUUAAGCUGGCAUGCACUAUUUCGAAGUGUUGGCAGUGUAGCUGUAGCCUAUUUGUGGCACACAAUGCAAAAAUCAAGGAUAUGAGGUAACAAUUCUGUUGUUAUACUUGCUUAACUGUCCCAUGUGAUUAGGUGAAUUACAUACCUUGGUUGCUGUGGCCAGGUUUUGCAGGGUGCACAUAUUGAUGGUCUCAUUACUUCCGAAAUGCAAAUCAUUACUGCACAUAUGCCAUGGCUUAUGUGGCGUAUUGUUGUGUAUGUGCAGCGGCACUGCUAGUUUAUGAGGAAAAUGAGCCCCUGUAAGUGUGACCUGCUUCACUCAGUAGGAUACGAGUUGAAAAUUAUUUGCAGGCUUGAGCCCUUUUUGUGAGGGGUGAACUUGAAGUGGUAGGUAGAUAGGGAGCUUCUAGUACAGGACAAUGUCUUCAUGUUCACCUGAUGAUUCUGGGGCAAUGCAUUAACUUUUUAAUGAGCACGUUAAUGCCAUGGGUGGGUAGCGAAAAGAAGAGCAAACAUCUAUACCUACCAGAGGUGGACUGGGAAAUCUGCUCCAACUGUUGUAGCCCUCACCCAUAGCAUACACUGGGAAGCUGACUUCUGUUUAAAUUAUUUUAUUUUAAAAUUGCAGUGAAAAUUGGUAAUUAUCAAGGUUGAACUAAUGUUUCUGUGGGGUAUCCAGUGAGUUUAAAGUAUAACAGUUAUGCAGCAGUGUCACUUUAAAUAACUUGUGCAGUUACACAUAUGCCUUAAAAAUAAAUCACAGGGUCUAAAGCUUUGCUGCAGGCUUGCUCAAUGUGUUGGUGAACCCUGUGCAAAGAAAGAAAAAGUUCACGUAGUUUCCAAUCUGCAAUGUGAUGACUCUAAUUCUCUCUUACAUAUUUGAAUUAAAAGUUUGUUAAUAACUAUUAAGUCUCAAAUACUUCAAAAAUUACAUUAACAGGUUCAGUGAUAUACUUUUAAGCAAACAACAAAUCGAUCCUUACUACUAAUGAGACAGUGUCAUACCUAACGAAAUAUUAUCACUAUUUUUUUAAAAUCCCUGAUCUCUUUUAAGUGGAUAUAAUAAUUUUGUAACUAGUGCGUGAUUCUUUCACCACAGUAACCCUACCUGUGAAUAUCUUGGUGUAAUUACUGUGAUGGGGAGCAUGAUCCAGUUUCCUUUCUCAUUCGCCUGGAACAGGGUUUGCAUAUACCUCAACUAAGCAAUGCCGGUGUGUAAACACCUGUUGAGAUUAAGAUGUCCAAAAUGUAGCACUAUAACUUCAGUUUUAAAAAAGACCAAGCACCCAAUACACAUUAAUGAAACUGCAAUCCUUUCUUUUCCCAAUAAAGUUGACGUUGUAGAAUGGUAUAAUCUAUACUCUACCUGAAUCUUAUUCAUUUGGACAAAAGUUACUGAAACUGUACAUGAAAAUCCCAGCAUUUGGACCUUUCCUUGCUAGUCUGUCAACCUAUUCACUUUGUGGAAAUAAUUCCUGAGAAGUACUCAUUUGAUCAGGUGACAAUGCAUUUUAGUAGCCUUAGAACAGGAAAAUAGCCAAUGUACAUUUUCUGGUUCCACUUUUAAAGUUCAUAAUGGGAGCAAAAUGUUUGAAUAUGAAGUUAUCAAUGGUCUCCUACUCCGUUUAGGGUUUGUGAUUGAUUUAACUACUGCAAAACCAAGAAUAGAAUCCUGACUGUGAACGCUAACACAGUGCAAUACUGAACAAGAAAGCACAUAUAGACAUACAAAUUGAACCAUGGACUAUCAAAGAGCAGUAUCUUUAGAUGAGCCAGUACAUGCAACCAUAGUGGAGACUUGCUGAACUGCUGAAGCACUGUUUUCAUUUUCAGUUUUAGUGGAGGGUAAAUGUCAAGGGUCCUUCAAAACUUUACAUCAGUUUCCCUUGCAUAUCUCAAAAGUAAAGCGAACACUUGGUUUGCGGGGUUUUAAUCGAAGGCUACAUACACAACAAACUCUAAGCUGUUCUGGUUGUCUUAAUUAAGUAUGACAUUCUGUAUCCCUUUUUUCGUACAGGCACUGAAUCUUUCAGUUAAUGCUGCUCUCAAAUGUCACAUUAAAUUUUUUUAAAUUAAACUUUAAUUAUGAGUGUGCUGGUUUAACCUGUGUCUGAGUAACUUGUACAUUCAUCAGUUGUAACAUCUGCAGAUGCAGUCAAUUCACAGAAUUAAAAUCUUUACUGAACUUA